CUCAGUUGGGGCUUCUGGUCUCCACCGCUGUCAAAAAGCCAGGAGGGGUUCUGUGUGUCCCACCACCACAGACAAGGUGGGUGGGAUCCCUCAUCUGAGCAGGAAGGCGGCCAGCAAGCCAGCUGUACGGCCAGCAGAGCAGGGAAGUGGCCAGCCCGAAGGGACGGGGUUCAAGAAGGCCAGGAGCUGGGCAGAAGGUUGACCUCGGAUGGCUCUCCAUCUUCUCCAGAGAUAUCACAGCGGUUCCCGACUGGGGGUGUGGACUUCGUUUCCUGACUUCUUCUCUCCCAGGCAGGAACCAGAGCUAGGAGGCCUGGUGGCGCUAGAAGGUAACCCUAAUUCUGGGAAGUUGGGGCCUUCUGAAGAAAUGGAAUUCCCAGACCUAGGACAACACUGCUUUGAGAAGAGCUGCAGGCGGCUGGAUUUUCUUCCUCUGAAAUGUGACGCCUGCAAGGAGCUUUUCUGCAAAGAUCACAUUAUCUACAGCCGACACAAGUGUUCUUCUGCGCAUAAGAAGGAUGUGCAGGUUCCAGUCUGCCCUCUUUGCAACACUCCGGUCCCCAUCAGAAAGGGACAGACACCCGAUGUAGCUGUGGGGGCCCAUAUGGACCGGGAUUGUCAACAGGAUUCCGCCCAGCAGAAGCAGAAAAUCUUCACCAACAAAUGCUUCAAAGCGGGCUGCAGAAAGAAAGAGAUGAUGCGGCUGGUUUGUGAUCAGUGUCACCAGAACUUCUGUCUUCAUCAUCGACAUCCUUUGGACCACCAAUGCCCAGGACGGGUUUGGCCCGUCUCCAAAGCUGGGUGUGCAGCUAUAAUGAGGUCCCUGCAAGACAAGAAUAAUUCUCCCAACUGUCAGCUCCUACAAAAUGGAUGCAAAGCAAAAAGUUGAUGUCUACAGUUGGGAUCUGAAUCUAUUUGAAAUCUGCAUAUAGCUGUCCAUCUUUAGCUUUAAAAAAAUUAAUUGUACCCCUUUGCACAUUUUCUGAUUAAACAGAUUCUUUAUAUUGUU